AGAAGCCCUUCUGCUGCAGUCUGCUUCUCACAUGGCUUUCAGAUUUCCACGGCCACGUGUAUCAUUCACAUCACUUCUUCUCCGGUCUCUCAUACAUAAGUCUCUUACAUCAUAGAUAUGGAGGUCUCCAAACCCAAAGCAAGCAGCAAGGUUGCCACGAGGCCCGGCAGUCCCCACAAGGGUCCACCCAAAUUCAAACAAAGAUCAACCCGCCAGUUCAAGAGCAAACCCCCAAAGAAGGGUGUUAUUGGAUUUGGUGAAGAAAUUCCUGGAAUGGAGGGUUUGGGAACUGACUUCAACGUGAUCUGUCCUUGGGAGGCUUACAGUCACCUGGAGUUACAUGAGCUGGCCCAGUAUGGCAUCAUAUGAGGUCACUUCCCGUUCCCAUGAUCCACAACACCAAUCGUCGGCAUCCAAU